AAAGAACAAGAAAGAAAGAGGGGAAGGGGAUUGCGAUAGCGACUCCCCCCUCGAGAAAAAUAAAUACCUUCCGCUCUUCCUCUGGGGUUUGUUUGCCCGGAUCUCGAUCCAAUCAAUGGCGUCCUCGUCCUCUCUCUCGCUCUCCUCGCUCCCCCUUCCUUCUUCGAGCGGCCUCCGAUCGCGAUCCCAUCGAGAUCCGGUGGCGGCGAUCGUCUCGAUUCCGGCGAGUCGGUGGUGGCAGGGGAGGAGGGGAUCGGCGGUGGCGGUGGCGGCGUCGGCGGCGAGGAAGAAAUACAAGGGGACGGUGAUGCGGGAGGAGAAGCUGGCGGGGAUGAUAGAGAGGAAGGUGGAGGAGGCGAAGGCGGCGUGCGAGGGGGAGGAGGGGAAGGGUUCGGAUGGGUGCAAGGUGGCGUGGGACGAGGUGGAGGAGGUCAGCCAGGCCAUGGCCCACCUCCGCCGCCGGCUGGCGGAGAGCGAUCGGGACCCCCUCGAGUCCUUCUGCCAGGACAACCCGGAGACCGACGAGUGCCGCGUCUACGAGGACUGAUCAUGAUCAGAUCAGAUCUCUUCCAUCGAUCGCCUCCUCCUCCUCCAUCCAUCCCCUACCGUCCGUCUAUAAAACGAAAUUAAUGAUCUCUGUUUCUUCUUAUUGUAUGUUAUCUUUGACAAGAAGCUGAUCUAUAAAUAUUAGCAGUUGGUUUGCCGAUUUUUUGGCGUGUUAACUCUCUUUAGAUGAUUAAUAUCAAU